AUGUCGUUGCACAGCAGAGCGCCGGCCCUCCUGGCGGCGCUCUUCGCGGCUCUGCUCAUCGGAACGGAUGCCAUCUGCCCCUACCACAUGCUGUGGAUGGAGGGCUCACCCAUGAAGCUCCCGGACGACCACCCGGCCCUGCGCGGCGGCGAUGGCGCUACCGCCACACGCGCGCUGCUGCAGGCUGACGGCGACGAGACCCCUGAUGCUACUGAAUUUCCCAUCGGCGCGGGUUCAUGCGCGUACACCAGCCCUAUGACCCAGUCCAGGUCGUGCGUCCAGUUCACCGGGGACAAGUGGAUGAGCAGCCCCGGCGAGGCGGAGAGCCUGUGCACGGAGGAGGGUCCGUCACCGGGAGCCGCGGACGGUGCCUACGACGCCGACGCGCUGUGCGAUGAGUUUGCGGAUCCGGACUUCGCGGGCGUGUGCUUGCGGGAUGCCGGGGAGGCCGAAGAGAUGAGGACGGCGUUUGUGAGCGUGCCGGACGAUCCGUCGUCUUCGUGCGAGGUGCUGAGGAGCGCUUGCGAGGCUUUCGGCGGAGGGCUGUUCGAGGGGCGGGGAGGAAAGUGCGGGGCGGGCGGCGGUGGGCGGGCCCCCUCCGUCAACACUUCGGCCCCGUGCCAGUUGUCCCCCGGCAUCGCUGGUGGUGGGCACAUCCACAUCGACUCCUAUUGGGACUCUACCUGCCUGAACCAGGGAAGCGAGUAUGCAAUGCCACUAAGAUGGGCGGCGGCUACAGAAACUGUAUUGGUGCAGAAAGGGGUCCGAUAUACUGGCUACGUUUACUACGACAUCGCCAAUAACAGGAAAAGGCAGGACUGGGUGGUGGUGGAGGGCGACGAACCGUAUGAUGAAUCUGUGUUUUUAAACGUCAAGAACACAACUCUCAUUCACCAGAACGGCGUGAUGCGCAUCAUGGACUGGGACACGGGCCUCUGCAGUAAGUCCAACCUGCCCGUCGGCAACAUCCGAUCCAAUUGGGUGCUGGACAACAGGGGGGCGGGCACCGUGUCGCAGUACUUGGGCUCAACUUACAUCCUAUACGACGGAGAGUACAGGCACGUGCGACAGUGGCGCAAGACGGAACCCCUCGAGAACGCCUUCCUGAUCCAGAGCUACGACGAGGAGACGGAGUGGGAGACGCCCGAGGGGCUGAAGCGCCGAGUCUUGCUGCGGCAGACGCCAGGGGGACCCGGCCAGGGGGACUCCGUCGACCUGUACUACAACCACACCACGGAUUACGACGACAGCGUGUUUGGUAUACUAGAUGGCAUCGACUGCCCGGCCCAGAACUCUAGCGACGGCAUCGGGCUGAACAACAACAGCAUUUUGCACAUAGACUCCGGUUUCGUGAGGGUGGAUUGUGAGGACUGUGGCCUUGUCUACAGCGACAAGGAGCCAGAAGAAAAGGAGGAAGAGGAGGCUACUGAGAGGCGGAACACUGCGGCAUACUUCAAUGGCACGGAAGUCCUGGGUGAGGAAUCUUACCUGGAAUUGAACUGGGAGUACCUUCCGGAGAGCGACACUUUUGCCUUCAGUCUGAAGAGCGAGGCGGCGGCGGGCUGGCUGGGGUUGGCGUUCACGAAGUUCAAGUGCGCCAUGGUGCCCGCCGAUGCAGUUAUUGCCAUACCGGCGGCCAGCGGCUCCGAUGCUGAUAUAAAUUCGUACAAAAUGGAGGUGGCCUCCUUGAGCGGUGUGACAGUGGACGAGGGCCAAGUGUUGGAAAGCGCGGCGCUGAGCGAAGUGGACGGCAU